AUGAAAAUUCUAAUUCUUAUUUUCUAUCUAAUUAAAUUAUCAAUAUCAAUAAGCCUACAAUUCUCUAAUUCAUUACAGCGUUUCGUUUAUGAUGAUGUAACUGAUACUAUUAUUCUAGCAUCUGUUAAUCAUAUAUAUUCGUUAAAUGGAAGCAAUCUAUCAAUUCUAUCGGAUAUUGAUACAUCAUUAUCGUCAUCAAAAAUAGAUCAAGAUUGUUCAAUUAAGAAUAAAAGUUCUUUAUCAAAAUCUCUUUAUUAUUUUUCUACAUCAUCAUAUUUAACUCCAUCAAUAAAUAACACAUUUAAUCAAUUACUUCUAUUGACGAAUAAUGGAACAAUAUUAAUAUGUUCAACAUCAAAUCGUGGUCGUUCAUGUCAAUUACGAUCAUUAAUUAAUCUUGAUUUUAUGAAAAAUUCUUCUCAACGUGUUGUUUCAUCAUCUCCGUUUCUUCCAUCCGUUGGUUUAAUUAAUAAAAAUAAUCAAAUAUUAUACAUAUCAAAUACAUAUGAUUCCGUAUGUGAUCCAUUUUACGAAAUUCCAACAAUAAGCGGUCGUCAUCUCGUUGAUAAUGAUUUUUUAUCCAUAAUUAAUUUAAAUUCUGGUCAAUCGGCAUUACAGCAAUCAACGUAUACAUUACGUUUACUAAAUAUACGAUUAAUAAGAGACUUUUUUCUUUAUUAUUUGUAUGCAUUUGAGUAUAAACAUUUUUCAUACUUUUUAACUAUUCAACAAUCAGAUAUUCAUCACACACGAAAACAUAAAUUACAGACAAAAAUUCUACGCUUUUGCCAAACUUUAAAACAACCAAUUAUUAAAAGUUAUGUUGAAUUACCUUUAACAUGUGGAAAAGAUUAUCAUUAUUUAGUUAGAGCAAAAUUUUCAAACGAAAAAAAGAUUUUAUAUGGCUUAUUUCGUAAUACGACAUCAGCUAAUUCGUCGAGUACAUCGCAUGCUAUAUGUUCAUAUUCGAUUGAUACUAUACAAGAAGCAUUUUUUCAAACAAUAAAACGUUGUCUUGUUGAUGGAAAAGGUCAUCGGGGUUUAGAUUUCAUUAGUCCAGAUACACAUUGUAUACCAAGCAACAAUUUAAAUCAAAUGAAUCAUGACUAUUGUCCUGAUGAAAAUGAUAGGUUUUUUCAAUAUCCUAUUGGUGGCCAUCGAUCCAUAGAACAAAUCGAACCGAUUAUCGAACUCUAUGAUCGAGUAAAUUUUACAGCUAUUGAAAUAGGUUCAAAUGAAAAAGAUACGAUUAUUCUUAUUGGAGAUGAUAAUGGAACCGUACAUACAUUUCAAACAUCGAACACAAAUGAAACUUAUAAACAGAGUUUUCAAUCAAAGAUAAUCGUUGAUUUAAAAUUAAUUAAUACAAUACCAACAUUGAAAGAUGCUAAACUUAUCGUAUUGACUGAGAAUCUGAUAAUUAAACAAAAUUUAAGUACAUGCGAACAGUAUACAACAUGUAAUGAAUGUUCAACAAUUCCACGUUGUCAUUGGUGUUCUAGAGAAAACAGAUGUACAGCUACAUUUGAAUGUGAAUAUGAAAAUCAGAGAACCAAUCGUAUUAAUAUGUGUGCAUAUAUUGAGCAAGUUAUUCCACAAACAAUUUCAUUGAACUUAUUGAACAUUGAAUUACAAGUUAAGUUCAAUGUUCCAUUGCGAAGUGAUACCGAUGAAUAUAUGUGCCGAUUUACUUUUAAAAAUGGUGAACAAUUGUAUCGUACAAAUGCAAGUCUUAAUCAUAAUAUAGUGAAAUGUUUUCCACCUGUAUUAAACAAUAUCAAUCAAGCUAUUUAUAAUGUUGUUUUAUCAAUUGAACACGUAAAAAGAAAUGUAACAUUCGGGUCGUCUAGUUUGAUAUUUUUAAAUUGUUCAAAUGUCAAGUCAUGUUCAUCAUGUGCAUUAUAUUCAAAUUUAUGUUUAUGGAAUCGCGAAACAGUUAAAUGUAUUUUUCAACAAAAUGAUCGAUUUCUAUUAUCAGAUAAUCAGUCUCUUUCUAUAAAUUCUCAGCAAUGUCCAUUUAUAUAUUUACAACAAUCUAGAAAUCGUCUAGCUUAUCAUGUUGAUAAAACAUUUAUUGUUCAUAUUGAGCAAUGCAAUCAAUCAGUGAAUAUUAGUUCUUGUUAUUUAUAUGAUCAUCGAAAACGUUUUUCAUUGUUUGAAUCAAAUCCAGUAUUAAUUCGAUCAGUCAAUGAAAAUAAUUUAUGUUUAUUAAUAUGUUCAUUUCAAUGGUCGAAUUCUAAAAAUUUCAAUCAAAUAUCAUUUCAUCGACCUUUAAAUCUUUACCUAUCAAUUCAGUUUUCAAAUAAAACCAUAUCUAUGAUACCACACACACCUAUUUCAUUAUAUCAUUGUGAACAUAUGGCAUUAAAUUGUACAUCAUGCUUACAACUUGAUCCAUCGUAUGAAUGCACUUGGUGUAAUAAUAUGUGUAUGUUUAAAAAUCAAUCACGAACAUGUUCAACUAAUUCAGAAUGUUUAAUGCCAAUUAUUCAUACCAUUGAACCAUUAAUUUUACCAAUGAAUGGUGGAACAUUAGUGACAAUGAAAGGCAAAUAUUUUGAUUUAUUUGGUUUAUCGAUUCAAAUAGCAGAUGUACCUUGUCAAUUGAUUGAACAAGAAAGUUCGACGAAUAAGUAA